GAAGCCCCGUCUCUACUAAAAAUACAAAAUUAGUUGGGCAUGGUGGCGCAUGCCUGCAAUCCUAGCUACUUGGGAGGCUGAGGCAUGAGAAUCGCUUGAACCCAGGAGGCGGAGGUUGUAGUGAGCCAAGAUCGCACCACUGCACUCCAGCCUGGGCAACAAGAGUGAAACUCCGUCUCAAAAAAAAAAAAAAAAAAAGAGGCAGAUUAAUAGGAGAAAAGGCAAACAAAUACACCAAUUUAUUUGACCAUGGUUUUAUGAGAUACAAGAACCUUCAGAAUGAAGACCCAAAGAUACAGGAGAAACUGUCCAUUUUUAGGCUUUAGUUCAACAAAGUAUGGAUGGCCGUGUAGAAAUAGGAUUGGACAAAAGAGCCUGAUCUAAUGCUGAUAGACUGAGUGGGGAACCCAGCGAGGCCUGUCUGUCAAGAUUCUUUUCGGCCUCUCUGCGCAGCAUUCCUUCCUUCCUCAUAUGGCGCAGGACUCUCUCUGGAUGGGGGUCUUCUGACCUACAAUCAGACAAAGGUCAAAUAAUUUCCUAUGGCCAGUUUUACACAGAAAGAAAGAGGAAAGUUAGAGUAAUAUUUUUAGGUUUUAGGGCAGGCUUUUAGGGAAGAGGGAUUGUAGUUUUUAUAGCUAGCCUUGGGGGAGAAUAAGGGACCAGAGACAGGAGGGCAGGAGAAGGUCAGAGAGAAAUGUUUGCUUCCGAGGGAGGCCUUCAUUUCGGGGUAUUGUUUUCUGAGACCCUACGAGGCACACUCCCAAGGCCAACAGAGGGAAGGAAAAUGGAAGCGAGGCAGGCAAGGAGGGAAGCAAGUACAAGGUGUCGCGUGGCUAAGCUGGCCACAGCUUCACCAAAGACUGGGCUGGCUGCUUAGUCAUGUGAGAUGUUUCCAGCAGGCCAUAAAGAACACAACAUGAUUCAAAGUCCUUCAUCUAGAGAAGAAAAAAAAAAGAAAUGUGUCUACUGGCUCCUUCCUGUCUCCCGCCUCCCAUACUGUUCAUUCCGCCUUGACUUCAGGUGGUGCAGCUGCAGGGGGAGCAAGGUCACCUGCCACAUUGGGUGGUACUUCAGUUGAGUCUGGAAAUGGUGGGAGGUGCCAGGGCCUCCAUGGUCCAGUUGGGUUGGACAAGGGUGGGGCAGCUGCUGUCUCCACCUCAGUGAACACAAUGGGGCCAGGCUGGUGCCCAGACUCACGCCAGGAAAGGCCAAGUCAGCCACCGGCAGUAGGGGAUGAAUUCAUGACUGUGGCCCAGUAGCAUCCAGGAUCUCCAUGAGCAAGAAGCCAAGGGCCUGGAGAGAGGCAAGGCUGAGCGAAUCCGAGGCAGCGCAUUCACCAGGGCUGAUACACCAGGGACUUACAACUUCGAGGAGCAUUGCAGAGCCUGUUCCCCCUUUUAGACAUUCAGAUCACAGUAGCAAAUUAAGGGGUCUGAGUCGUCCCACCGUAAAGAAAGCAAAUUAACUUUAGACGAGGACCAUCAAGUUCAUGGCGCUUGGAAUGCUGCCUGACCCUAAGUCUUUCAUUUUGUGUGUGUGGACUGAAUUUCCCAACUUAUUCAUAUGACAUCCUCCGGAACUAGAGUUCUGUGGAACUUGCUUUAGGACAGUGCUCAGAAACCCUCACAACCUCUGCCCAUUUUCACUUCUGGGAGUUUGGUAGUUUUUCUAAAGCUAACUCAGUUCCUAACUUUGAAUUUCAAAGAAUCAGAUUUUGCUCUCAUUUCCAGUCCUUUCUCAAGUUCUGAAGCAUUUUGUUUUAGUUUUUAAAACACGGCGUAAUACACACACACACCCUUAAAAGUGCACAAAACUCAUCGUACAGUUUAAUAACCUAUUGUAAAAUGAAACCUUAUGUUACUACCACUCAGGUGAAAAAAAAAAAACAUUGCCAGCCCUCAGAAGCCCUCCAUGUGCCCCUCUACCACAUCACAGCUCCUCUUUCUGAUUGGGGUAGCAGAAAGAGGAGCGGUCAAUUUUUUUGUUUUUUUGACAAUCACAUACUUGUUUUUCUUUGUGGUUUGGUCUCCUAAAGUAUCCUCCCACAGAAAACUGAAGGGAUUUGAGUCCAGAAGGAGAAAUUUGAGGCCAGAAAGAGAGAGGUUUUCAUCACCUUGAAAUCACAAGAAUCAGUAUUAUAACGUGUGUACGUUCUGUUACUUCUCCAGGCUACUGAUCAUGUAAGCAGCAAGCAUUUCAGCCCCAUAUCUUGUCACUUAUGGAAGAGAAGAGAGAGCAGUUGAGACUUUGGGUAAUCAGUUAAAGAUUAAAUUCCAGGAAGAUACCUGUUAAUUGCAACUAAGGGGAUCUUUCCUUUGCCAUAGGAAGGGCUCUUCCUGUACUUGCAAACUAGAACCCUUAAGAUGGUAUGAAGCGUUCUUGAUCAACAUGCUUCCUUUAAAAUCAUGCUGCAAGAGAGGACAGCUGGCUUCAAGGGGGUUCUUUCAAUGAAUCUUGAAUACAGUUCCAUGGGCUGCUACAUCAGAAUUGCCAGGAAAGGUUUAUUUUUCCCCAAGUCUUUAAUUCUGAAACUUUUUUUUUUUUUUUUAGACAGAGUUUCACUCUUGGUUGCCCACGCUGGAGUGCAAUGGCAUGAUCUCGGCUCACUGCAACCUCUACCUCCCGGGUUCAAGUGAUUCUCCUGCCUCAGAAUUCUGAGUAGCUGGGAUUACAGGUGCCUGCCACCAUGCCUGGCUAAUUUUCUUAUUUUUAGUAGAGACGAGGUUUUGCCAUGUUGACCAGGCUGGUCUCGAACUCUUAACCUCAGGUGAUCCGCCUGCCUCAGUCUCCCAAAGUGCUGGGAUUAUAGGCGUGAGCUGCCGCACCCAGCCAAAAUUUUUUAAAUACUGAAAAGUAGAGGGAAUAGUUAUAGUGUACCCCAUUUACCCAUCACUCAGUUUCAACAGCUGGUGACAUAUUUGUUUCUUCUAUACCAGUACCGUACUCUCCCCACUGGGAUUAUUUUAAGGCAAAACCUAGAUGACAUUUUAUCCCUAAAUACUUUAGAUAAAGGUGUUCUUUGAAAAAAAUCAUAACCUCAGGACCAGCCUGGCCAACAUGGUGAAACCCCGUCUGUACUAAAAAUACAAAAAUUAGCUUGGCAUGGUCGUGGGCACCUGUAAUCCCAGCUACUCAGGAAGCUGAGGCAGGAGAAUCACUUGAAUCCGGGAAGCAGAGAUUGCAGUGAGCUGAGAUUGCAGUCGAGCCUGGGCGACAGAGACAGAAAUGAAACUCUGUCUCAAAAACAAACAAACAAACAAACAAAAAAACCACUAUACAUAAAAAAUGAACAAUGAUGCCACAAUAGCACCAGAGAAUUUUAUAAAUACAGAUUCCCAGGCCCUGCCCCAGACCUACUGAAUCCUGGAAAUAUUCAGGCUCCACACCCAGAGAUUCUGGUUUGGUUGGUCUGAUGCAGGGACCUGUAACCUGCGUUGUAACACCUUCUCCAGGUAAUGCUGAGCCUGCUGGUGCUCAGAGUAGAUAGACCUGGAGAAAACCAGGGUGUCUGAGGUUUUCCAGAAGAAAACCAGAGUCCAGAGAAGGCAGAGAGGCACUCAGUGAGGACCCAAGCAGAGCGGGUGCACCUCACAUCCUCACUCCUGGCACCCCGUCUCCUACAAGAUGAGAGACUGAAAGAGCCCCUUCCUGUCCCCAGUGGUGUGGGCAAGAGGCCUGCACCUCUGACUCUUGGCUCUGUGAAAGGCCAUACCCACCAAGCCUAUGGUCCUAGCGACCAAGGGUGCUGGGGAGACGAAUUGACCAGACAGGGAGGUCUCCAGCAGCUUCCUUCUACACAGAGGGCACCUGUCAGAGACCAGAGUGGGGGCCACAGGCUCCCCAAUCCCCAAGAACCGCCAGGGAAGGAGGCUGCUUCAAGUGGGUGGGGCACCAAGCUGGCCAGGAAGGACAGGGCUUCUCCCAGCGGUACCAACACGGUGGCACCUCCGGCCUGCAUCUCCCAGGCUUGCUUGUCAGGCUUCCUGGGGCUCCCGGGAGCCGCUGCGGGGGAGGGGAGAAGGGGUGGCAGCAGUGGCAGUGGUCGUCUCUGCUCCGAUGGUGACUGCCGAUGACACUGUUCUCUGUGCGGGUGGAGACAAAGCCGGCCACUCCAGAUUCUCCUGCGCGCAGGAGAGGAGGAGCUGGCGCUGCUUCAGUGGCGAGGAUGGGUCGAUCAGUCCCAGCCGGUCCUAGGGAGAGACACUGCCCCAGCCUGAGGGCGGCGCAGCCCACCCCACCCCAGGACCCUCCUAGCAGGAGGACAGGAACGCAAGCCGACCUCGGGGGGGUCUCCUGCCUGAGAGGGGAACAUGAUCAAGCCCAGGGCAGCCGCCAGUCGGAGGGGGCAGACGCGGCCCCAGUAGCCUCUGGAGACCCUCUUCGGAGGCAAGGAGCCACAUUCCUGCCGUCGGGACCAACAAAGCGGAUUUCUACAAACUAAAGUCGAGAACUUUUCGGCGGCGAGGCGGCUCACCCCGCGCGGGAGAGGGGGCGCAGGCGUCACCCCGUCCUCACUCAGCAACACCCGGCGCCGCGCCGGGCGAAGGCUGGCAGACUUCUCGCGGCCGGCAGGUGGGCUCCGCGGGCCCCAUGGGCGCAGGCACAGGUGUGCGGGGCCACAGCCGGGCGCCUUUUGCAGCCGGCGACCGCCCCCCCUUCCCCGCGGGCUUUUGCACACGACGCGCCGACGGCCGCUUCACACGGGUUGGCGAGGGCCGGAUAAAGCCGGCGGCCGCGGGGCGCAGCGGCUGACCCGAGACACGGGAGCGCUUGGCACGCGGAGCCAGAGCCGGAGCUGCAGCCGCAGCGGGAGCCGGGGGAGCUCAGGGGCCGCAGGAGCCGGGCCGGAGUGAACGCACCUCGCGGGGCCCUCCGGGCAGGUGGGUGAGCGCCACCCGGAGUCCCGCGCGCAACUUUCAGGGCGCACUCGGCGGGGCGGCUGCGCGGCUGCCGGGACUCGGCGCGGGACUGCAUGGAGGCCAAGGAGAAGCAGCAUCUGUUGGACUCCAGGCCGGCAAUCCGGUCAUACACGGGAUCUCUGUGGCAGGAAGGGGCUGGCUGGAUCCCUCUGCCCCGACCUGGCCUGGACUUGCAGGCCAUUGAGCUGGCUGCCCAGAGCAACCAUUACUGCCAUGCUCAGAAGGGUCCUGACAGUCACUGUGACCCCAAGAAGGGGAAGGCCCAGCGCCAGCUGUAUGUAGCCUCUGCCAUCUGCCUGUUGUUCAUGAUCGGAGAAGUCGUUGGUGGGUACCUGGCACACAGCUUGGCUGUCAUGACUGACGCAGCGCACCUGCUCACUGACUUUGCCAGCAUGCUCAUCAGCCUCUUCUCCCUCUGGAUGUCCUCCCGGCCAGCCACCAAGACCAUGAACUUUGGCUGGCAGAGAGCUGAGAUCUUGGGAGCCCUGGUCUCUGUACUGUCCAUCUGGGUCGUGACUGGGGUACUGGUGUACCUGGCUGUGGAGCGGCUGAUCUCUGGGGACUAUGAAAUUGACGGGGGGACCAUGCUGAUCACGUCGGGCUGCGCUGUGGCUGUGAACAUCAUAAUGGGGUUGACCCUUCACCAGUCUGGCCAUGGGCACAGCCAUGGCACCACCAACCAGCAGGAGGAGAAUCCCAGCGUCCGAGCUGCCUUCAUCCAUGUGAUCGGGGACUUUAUGCAGAGCAUGGGCGUCCUAGUGGCAGCCUAUAUUUUAUACUUCAAGCCAGAAUACAAGUAUGUAGACCCCAUCUGCACCUUCGUCUUCUCCAUCCUGGUCCUGGGGACAACCUUGACCAUCCUGAGAGAUGUGAUCCUGGUGUUGAUGGAAGGGACCCCCAAGGGUGUUGACUUCACAGCUGUUCGGGAUCUGCUGCUGUCGGUGGAGGGGGUAGAAGCCCUGCACAGCCUGCAUAUCUGGGCACUGACCGUGGCCCAGCCUGUUCUGUCUGUCCACAUCGCCAUUGCUCAGAAUACAGACGCCCAGGCUGUGCUGAAGACAGCCAGCAGCCGCCUCCAAGGGAAGUUCCACUUCCACACCGUGACCAUCCAGAUCGAGGACUACUCGGAGGACAUGAAGGACUGUCAGGCAUGCCAGGGCCCCUCAGACUGACUGCUCAGCCAGGCACCAACUGGGGCAUGAACAGGACCUGCAGGUGGCUGGACUGAGUGUCCCCCAGGCCCAGCCAGGACUUUGGCUACCCCAGCUGUGUUAUAAACCAGGUCCCCCUCCUGACCUCUGCCCCACUCCAGGAAUGGAGCUCUUCCCAGCCUCCCAUCUGACUACAGCCAGCGCCGGGGGGGGACUCAGCGGGUAUAAAGCUAGUGUGACCCUGCUCUUCCAGCUCCUGGGCCAGCUCUGGAAGGGCUGUAUUUGGGCCUAAUCCUCAGCAAAUGUUCUACCACUCGCAGGGGCAAAGGCGGUGAGCCACGGGACGUCCGAGGGGAGGCUGGCCCCAGCGCGCCCAUACUGCUUGCCUCAUGCCCCAUUCUCAGCCUGGCUGUCCUUUGCCUUUAUGAAUCUGAGCCCCUCCAUCUGCCUAUAGCAAUAGGCACGGGGGUGAGGACCCUCACACUCUCAUUUGAGCCUCCCUGAGGCAGGGAGCCAGGAGGCACCUGAGGCCUAGCUGUGCCUUAGUCACUUCAGCUGUGAGCCAAAUAUUCCCUUUCCUGGAGGGGAGAGGCUUCUUACUAGGUAAGAGACAGGUUUCCUCUUUCCUUAUUUCCUCAGCUGUGCCAACACAAAAAAACAACUUUGGCACAGGUGGUGGGCAGGGGGUAGAGAGAUUUCAGCUUGGGUUCUGCGCUAACAGUCUCCAAGCCCCCUGGCACUUCUGUUGCCCUGAGAGUGUCCCAGGGGAUUCAGACUCUCCAGAAAGAUAUGGCUGGGCCAGCUCUGUUGCCUACCUGGCCUGACCCAGUCGGAGCCUGGCAUGGUGGAGGGAAAGGGAGACAAGUGGGGCUGCACUCGGUCCAGAGGCCAGCUAGGAGGGAAACCGCGGCUUCCUGGGGCUUGUGUGUGAAGAUUCCUGACUUAGGGGUGGCUUGUGUUUACAAGAUGCAAGAGGGGAAACCUGUCCCCGACUCAUCGAGACAACGUGCCCAGUUAUCAGGGAGUCCUGUGUCACAAGGUCUGUCUCUGCCAUUGUAAGCAAGUGCCUUGGGCGAGUUGGCGGUGUACAGUCUCAUCUGUACACCGACAGGGUUGAUGCCUCCCUCACAGGGUUGAGAACAAGAGCCAGUUGGCCAAGUACCUGUGGUUGUUGAAGAUUGGUUACUUUUACCAUCCUGGAGACAGGGAACUCUGUGGCCCGAGGCUGCCUCACUGAGGAGCCAGGUGGGCUUCCCAGCCUCCCCAGGGGCAGUGCUGAGUUUGUCUUGACUGUUCUGGCCCAAGGUGGGAGGAGGUGGGUUUGGUCACUUGCCUCCCACUUUAAAUCUCUGUCUUUCCAUCUGUGAAAUGACCUCUUUGUGCCUUCCCAGCACUGUCAUCCUGAUCGCCUGUGUUCUAGGUAGGUGGGUCCUUCAGCCCCUCCAGGUCUGUGAAAAGUCUGUGGAAAGCGCUGGCCUGGAGAGGGGUGGGGGGUUGCUGGUGGGUGCUCCAUUCCACCACAAUCUCAGGGGACUCAACCUCCCCCACCCAACUCCCCACCCCCCACCCAAGCCAUGGCAGGCCCCAGGAACUUGAUCCUGGGCUUUGCCGUAUGCCAAGUCCUUACACCCCUCUCAAGAGACAAGUCAUUGGCUGGGCACGGUGGCUCAUGCCUGCAAUCCCAGCACCUUGGGAGGCUGAGGCAGGCAGAUGACUUGAGGCCAGGAGUUCGAGACCAGCCUGGCCAAUAUGGCGAAACCUCAUUUCUACUAAAAAUACAAAAACUAGCCAGGCGUGGUGGCUUGUGCCUGUAAUCCCAGCUACUCGGGAGGCUGAGGCAGGAGAAUCACUUGAACCGGGGAGGCAGAGGUUGCAGUGAGCUGAGAUCACACCACUGCACUCCAGCCUGGGCGACAGAGCAAGACUCCAGCUU